AUGGCUUCCCCACAACAGCUCAGAACUCCUCUUACGGACCUUCUCAAGAUCAGACACCCCGUUCUCCUGGCUGGUAUGAACGUCGCUGCCGGCCCUAAACUCGCUGCCGCCGUUACAAAUGCUGGAGGUCUGGGAGUUAUCGGUGGUCUCGGCUACACCCCAGAUAUGCUCAGGGAGCAGGUGGAGGAGGUCAAGAGCUAUCUCAACGACAAGAACGCUCCAUUCGGUGUCGACUUGCUGCUUCCACAGAUUGGAGGCAAUGCACGAAAGACCAACUACGACUACACCAAGGGAAAACUCGACGAGCUGAUCACCGUCGUUAUCGAGAGCGGUACCAAGCUCUUUGUCUCUGCUGUCGGUGUCCCACCAAAGCACGUCGUCGACAGACUGCACAAGGCCGGCGUCCUCUACAUGAACAUGAUCGGUCACCCCAAGCACGUACAGAAGUGCCUGGACGUUGGUGUCGACAUCAUCUGCGCCCAGGGAGGUGAGGGCGGUGGCCACACUGGAGAUGUUCCCACCAGCAUCCUCAUCCCAACCGUAGCCAAGCUCUGCAAGGGAAAGACCAGCCCCAUGACCGGUCAGCCCGUCCAGGUUGUUGCUGCCGGUGGUAUCUUCAACGGCCAGAGUGUUGCGUCUGCCCUCAUGCUCGGUGCUUCCGGUGUCUGGGUUGGUACUCGUUUCAUCUUGGCUGACGAGGCCGGUGCCCCCAAGGACCACCAGGAGGCUGUCCGCACUGCCGGAUUCGACGACAAUGUCCGAACCAUCAUCUUCACCGGUCGCCCAAUGCGCGUCCGCAACAACGCCUACAUUCAGAACUGGGAGGAAAACCGCGCCGAGGAGAUCAAACAGCUCACCAGCAAGGGCGUCAUCCCCGUCGAGCACGAUUUCGAGACCAUGGAGGAUGUCGACGACGAUACCAUCGACAACGCCCGACCCCACCUGAUGGGCAAGGCCGCCGCCGUCGUCGACGAGAAGAAGCCCGCCAAGGCCAUCGUUGACGAGCUCGUCGGUGACGCUGUCGUAUGGCUGAAGCAGGGCAACGGCUUCAUCACCAGCGCCAGCUCUAAGCUAUAA